AUGUCUAGCUUUUCAUCACCAGUUUCAUCUGGCUUUUGUAUCAAGCUUUAUGUGUCUGCUGUUGUAGUUCUCUAUGCAUUAUUAUGUAUUUCAGAAGAUUGUGAAUGGAGGUUUAAGGCUUCAAGCAUUAACAAAUCAGAACUAUUCAAGGUGAGAGAAUUCAAUGAUAACCAUACAUGUCCGCUGAAGGACAAGGUGCACGAGCAGCGGCAGGCAAGUAGCAGCCUUAUAGGUGGAAUUAUAAGGCCAAAGCUUACAAACCAUAAGAGGAAAUACACUCCGAGGGAUAUUAUUGAUGAUGUGAAAUCAGCUUUAGGUGUAGAUGUUAGCUACAUGUUGGCUUGGAGGGCUAAAGAAAAGGCAAUGAAUUUUCUGAGAGGUGAACCGGCUGAUUCGUACAAAAAAUUACCAGGAUACUUAUAUACAAUAGAUAUGACAUAUCCAGGCCACAUCAAAAUGGUAAAAUCGCCAAAAAAUGAAUUCAUGUACGUGUAUAUAUCAUUGUAUGCCUUUAUAAGGGGGUUUGAUCAUUGUAGACCAAUUGUUGUUGUGGAUGGAAGUCACCUAAAAUCUUACUACACCGGGACAUUUGUUUCGGCAAGCACGUUGGAUGGUGCAGGUCAUAUAUUGCCACUAGCGUAUGGUGUUAUUGAUUUAGAGAACGAUGCUGCUUGGACGUGGUUCUUUGAGCAAUUCAAGAUAGCAUACGGUGUAAGGGAAAACAUGUGCAUCGUUUCAGAUAGAAAUGAGAGUAUCAUUAAAUCUGUACCGAGAGUGUAUCCAGAUGUACCGCAUUUUGCUUGUAUAUGGCAUCUAUGGAACAACGUAUAUAAGAAAUUCAAAAAGAGCCAUGGCAAGUUGAGCGAGAUAUACUUCUCGAUGGCAAAAGCAUACACACAAGCUGAAUUUGACAGUCUGAUGGAGAAGGUAGAUAUUAGGGUGAAAGAAUACUUAGAGUUAGUUGGUUACGAAAAGUGGGCUAGGUUGUAUGCACCUGUUAACAGGGGAUGGACAAUGACGUCAAAUAUUGCUGAGUCAAUCAAUGCCGCACUAGUUUCAGCAAGGGAAUUGCCAAUAUACGACUUCCUCGAAGAAGUUAGGAAGAUGUUUGGACGUUGGAAUUGUAGUAACCGCAAAGAAGCUACACAGACAUACAAGACACUUGGGAAAAAAUACCAGGAGAUGCUGGAGUUGAAUGAGACAAUGUGUACACGUAUGACUGUGGUACCAUCAACUGAAUACUUACAUACGGUUAACGAUGGUGGGAGGAAUUACACAGUCUGCCUGUUAGAGAGAAAAUGUGUUUGUGGGAGGUUCCAAAUUGAUGAAUUGCCAUGCCCACAUGCUUGGGCUGUAUUGAAGAGCAAGUUUCUAAUGCCAGAAGAAUAUUGCUCUAACUAUUACAAACCAAGUACAAUUGUAAUGAUAUACGAUGUGCCAGUGUACCCGCUACCGGACAAAAAUGACUGGAAUAUACCAGAACAUGUUGCAGAGGAGGUUGUACUGCCACCCAAAUGA